UGCACCUUUUUAGUUCAUCUUGACAUUCUACCAAAAUAACCACGCAUUAAGCCCUAUUCAAAAUAGAACUGUCUAAAGUCUAUUUUUAGAAUAGCAGGUCCCACGGUAGAUUGAAACCUUUCAUGUAGCGAUAUGAAAUAGAAUGGUAAGAAAUUGGGAUCCGGACUAAGCUAUUCAUUUGUGCACACAAAAUAAUUUGUACACUGAUGAUAUGCGUGGAGCUGUCGAUCGUUGUGGUCGCGUUUGCGAACGAGAGACAGAUAAAAUGUCACCAGUGACCGUCUUUUUCGCUCUUAACUACGAAAUGGAACUCAUACGUUGUUGCUUAUGGGACAUCUGAACGUUAAGCGAGAAGUGUUUUAGAUCUACUCUUCUCUGAAUAUCGAAGGAUUUUAGUAGGCCCCUCGUACUGACUGACUUGGAAAUAAAUCUCCCCGCUUCUGUUUGGAAGAGUAGGCUAGCCGCCUUCAGUUUCGGGCUCAGCUGAUUUGAGAAGUUGGUGCAGCCGCCAUGGAGGCAGACCCGGCCCACUGUCCAUGCUGUCGGGAGGCGUACGACAAGAGUCGCAAGAGGAAACUGACCGACGCCUGCGGACAUGCGCGAUGCUACGCAUGCAUGUUCACCAUUGAGUCCUGCCCUCUAUGUUCUACACAGGAGUCCAACCUCCAGAAUGGCGAGACGGACCCAGACAGGGGGCCACGCCGCAACAAACCCCCCACCCCGCCCCCAAAGCCUAAAAAUAGAACGCCGCGGAAUUCCUUGCAUGCUGCCUCUCCUACCGCACCAACCGCCCCAACAGGUUCCGUUCAGAGGCGCAAGUUUUUUGAGGACCCUACCAUGAUGGCCAGUCCACCCGCAACGACACAGUACACAGGCAGGCAAGAUCCGCCAGCCCCACCCCAGCUUUUCAUUCCCCCUCCCCCAUCCCAAGGCCCAACCUCGGACGAGGGGAGUGAGUCAUCCUACGACACGGGGGACAUUAGCGACUCCGACUCCUGUAAAGAUGACCGUGCCACUCCUCCACCGGCCCCCUCGGAAGCUGCUGAGGCCUUGAUGGAUCGUCUAGGGUUCCUCUUCAAGCAAGCCCAGAUGCCGCCUCCCCCGGAGUCCCCCUCCAGCGACAGGACCGUUCAGGCCACCUUCUUCCCGCCCCUUCACAGCACGCCCGUCGCCAACACGGCCAUCCUGCGGGAUCGAAGUCAAUCAGCUCCUGUCACUGAUCCCAGAGCCACUGAUGGAUUAUUAGAGGGCGUCAGCCGCUCCACUCAGCCUGUUCAUGCACGACAGGGAGCCCAGAUCCAACAGGCCAAGAAAUGGUCCUCAGUCAAACACUCAAACCCAGAUAGUACUGGACAUCAAAUUCUCAAGGGCAGGAGCAGUUUGAGAACUUCGGCCGAUCACGCCUGUCAGAGGUCACAACCUUUGACCUCUGUGAAUCAGGCCAAGCAGCUGGUCGACCCCAAGGUCACAAAGCCCGUUGUGCAGGAGGCCAAAGUUCGCCGGACAGUGCAAGAGUACGCGCAGAAUCCAGCCGUGUACGAAAACCCCAUAAGCAUCCAGCCACAUUCGGUCGGUAAGUCACCGGAUGGGAAAGUGAACGGCGCCACCACAAACGGAGGGCAGAACAGGCCCAACAGUUUCAUUGGUCAGGACAGCGAGAAGGCGGACGUUCCCAUCCGCGCUCACACUAUCGACUCAAGGUUGCCGAAAGCCAAAGAUGGUCAACCGCCAGUCCCCGCCCCCAAGCCGUCUUCAAGGCCAGGGAGUUACCACAAUCACGGCACGGGAAAGUCCUGUCUGGAAGAGCAACUCAAGGAAUUGUUUGACUCGGCUGACGCAGAACAACAGCGCGAUGAGCAGGAAAGACCCGUCGUUAAUGCAAUGUCACCAUGGGUACGAGAAAAGCCGAUAGUGCCCCGUAAAACUGCAAGCUCACCCUCCUCGCAGAAGUCCAAUUCGCCGUCUCCGUCCAGAGACAAAUCCGAGACCUCAACAGUCACGUACAGUACACCGGUCAGCAAUGUCCUGCAGCAGAAUGACCUGGCCAAUCAGAGGCCUCGUAGCAUGGAGCAUAUUCGGACCAUCUCGCCGAGCAUGACGAGCCCUAGAGGGCAGCACAGCCGCGGUCGCUCCAUGGAUUCCACUCUCCAGGACAGCUCGUUGAGCUUUGCCAACUCCACCGACCCGUCGCUGACGAUCGUCACCUCACUGGAGGGUCUGGACAUGUCAUCGAAAACCGAGGCCACGCCAGAUUUCCGAGGCAGAAAUCACAGAGAAUCAGCUCUGAGCAGGAACCACACCUCUACGCUGCCGGCCAGCGCAUCGAAGGAAGCCAGGCCACCCAGUCAACAGAGCAGAACCCUCCCGCACCCCAAUGCCCGGUCUUCCAUCAGCCAAUCAGAUAGCAACCUCAGGGAUUUACCAUCAGCUGACGGGGGUGGUCAGGUGCCCAAGCAGGUACAGGGGAGCUUGAAGCACAUUGCUGCCGACAGACAGGACUCCGACAGUGUUGGCUCCGGCAGUCCAGAGCAUGCCCCAAAUCGACGCCCAGUCACCAAGCCGGUGCUUGUCAAGCAACACUCGGACCUGAUGGCUGAGAGCAGAGAUGUCGUUGGCGACGUGGGACCACUGUCGCCGACGCAGCGAGAUGCCUCGGCCUCGGGACUCCUGCUCAGCAACACUGGUGUGGGCAGACACAGGUCUGCCUCAACUUCUAGCCCCGAAGCACUGGAUGAUAUUCCCUUAUUUGGUGGCCGUCGGGCGGCCAUGGUUAGACGGUCACUAAGGGAUAAAGAACCCACUGGCAAAGCUGCAGUUGAGUUGAUGAAAGGCCGCCUCCCUGUCUACAAGCCUUCCCAACUCCUGCUCCGACCAAUCACCUUUGAGAUCCCCGGUUUCCACCAGGACAAUCCCCUGAUUGGCCGGGAGUGGCUCUUCAUCGACCUGGAGCGCUCCUUACUCAAGGACGCAACAGCCGCCUCCAAGCUGAGGGGCGUGGUCUUGCUGGGGGAGGUGGGGACGGGAAAGACCACCAUCGUCGCCAAGCUGGUCUCCCUCAGUAGUCUGAGUCAGUUCCUGGUCAACGACAGCAGUCCUGAGAUCGCUCUUUCAGACAAAAAUGGCAACCCGCCCAACGGGGUGAGCGUCUACAGCAGCUCUAGCACGCUGACUCGGGCCCGGCAGCAGUCAGAGCAGGCCCUCAUGUCACUGGCCUCACAGAUAGGGGCGUUCCACGUGUGCCAGGCGGACAACAGCAUCACCUGCAUGGUGCCUGAGUUUGUCCACGGGCUGGCCGCGCAACUCGCGCACUGCCUGCAGCCGUACAAAGAAUUGCUCCUGAGCGAGCCCCAGAUUCAGGCCCUACUCAGCAUGCGCGACUGCACCCAGAACCCCUCGGAGGUCCUGUCAAGGGCCAUCCUGGAGCCACUGAGCAUGCUCAAGAACCAAGGCCGCAUCGCCAUGGAGACCUGCCUCAUCCUGGUGGACGGGCUGAGCGAGGCGGAGUUUCACAAGUCGGACUACGGCGACACCAUCUCCUCGUUCAUCAGCAAGAACAUCAUGAAGUUCCCCCCUUGGAUCAAGGUGGUCAUUACCAUCAGAAGCUCUCUGGUAGACAUCACCAAGAUGCUGCCCCUCCACAAGAUCUGCCUGGACAAGUCCACCGCCAACGCCACCAGCGCCUCCUCGGAGCACGUGCAGAAGGACGCCGAGCAGUACAUCAACUACCGCUUGCAGCAGAGCCCGGCCGUGCGCGACAACGUCUUGCUGAACGGCAAGCUGGAGCACGCGGCCCAGUCCAAGUUCCGCAGUCACCUGCAGGCGCUGAGCCGUGGCUGCUUCCUCUACCUGAAGCUGACCCUGGAUCUGAUCGAGAAGGGCCACAUCGUCCUCAAGAGCUCCAGCUACAAGGUCCUGCCCAUCAACCUCUCCGAGGUCUACCUCUUACUCUGCAAUCUCAAGUUCCAGACCACCAGGGCGUUUGACCGAGUAGCUCCCAUCCUGAACAUUGCCUUGGCUUCCCUGUACCCUCUCCCGGAUCCCAUGGUCUUCGAGGUCAUGAACGCUGGCUACAUCACCAGCUACGUGGAGAGGGACGACUUCAAGCAGCGGCUGGAGAUGGUGUCUAGUUUUCUCUGCCUUCGGAAGGACGGCAUGAGGAUGUUCUAUCACCCGUCGUUCAGAGAGUGGCUGAUACGAAGGGAUGAAGGGGAGAGCGUCAAGUUUAUGUGUGAUCACAGAUCUGGCCACGCCCUGCUAGCCUUCAAGCUCAGCCGUCAAUCAAGGCAUCUGAACCGUGACCAGACCUUCGAGCUGGGCCACCACAUCCUGAAGGCCCACAUCUACAAGACUCUGGGCCGGCAGCUGGGCGGUUUCUCGGCCAGGGAGCUGCAGGCCGUCUGGAUGCACCUCAACACGGACCAGCUGUCCCUCAGCUUGGCCACCAGGCGUAAUCUCUUCUCACCAAACGUCAAGGUCAGCAGACUCCUACUCCUAGCCGGUGCCAACCCCAACCACCACACGGACGUCUUGAACAGCGCCCCCGUGCUGUGCGUCUCGGCCAGGGAGGGUCACACGGAGAUGGUGUCUCUCCUGCUGGAGUUUGACGCCGACGUGAACGAGGAGUGCGACCGGGGGAUGACGCCGCUCAGCUACGCGGCCGCCAACGGCCACCUGGAGAUCCUGCGCAUGUUAAUCAUCAAGAAAUCACUGGUCGUUGAUGCCGACAAGACCAAUAGGUGCUCAGUGGUCCAUGCUGCCGAGCACGGCCACCUAGCUGCUCUCAGCUUCCUCCUGCAAUGUGAUUGGACGGGGCAGGAGACCGACCAGCUGCAUAGGAGGACCAUAUCCCAGCAGGCGUUUGUGGCAGCGGCCGGCAACGGACACAAAGAGGUGUGUAGUUUUCUGCUUGAUCUGCCCGGGCCCGAGGCUGACAGUCACCUGGUUGCCAUUGAUCAGAUAGACUCACUCAUGGGAGAAACAGCGCUGACCGCAGCCUGCACCAACGGCCGCGCCGAGGUCCUCAAGCUCCUGCUGAAGCGCGGCGCCUCGGUCCACGCCCCCAACACGACCCAGAUGUCGCCGCUGAUCUGCGCUGUCAGGCGCGGCCAUUGGGAGAUAGUGGACAUUCUGCUGUUCAACCACGCUGCGUUGGAGGAGAGCGACCGGCAUGGCCGGACGCCUCUCAUGCUGGCCGCGGGAGAGGGCCACCUGGCCGUCCUGGAAGUGCUGCUCAGUAAAGGCGCGUCCGUCCACAAGUGUGACAAGGAGGGGCUGACGGCGUUGUGCUGGGCGUGUCUCAAGGGUCACUUCAACAUCGUCCGGUCGCUGCUGGAGAGAGGUUCCGCCAUUGACCACGCCGACAAGAACGGCCGCACGCCGCUGGACCUGGCUGCUUUCUUUGGAGAUCCACAAGUGGUGCAGCUGCUAGUAGAGAAAGGUGCGACCAUUGAGCACGUGGAUAGCAGUGGCAUGCGGCCUCUAGAUAGGGCAAUCGGCUGCAGGAACACUUCGGUUGUCUCAGUACUACUCAAGAAGGGAGCUAAGUUAGGACCUGCUGCCUGGGCCAUGGCCACCUCCAAGCCAGACAUCCUGGUCCUACUCCUCAAGAAACUCAUGGACGAUGGAAACGCUCUCUACAAGAAAGAGAAGUGGCGGGAAGCGUGCCACAAAUAUCAGUGCGCUCUCAAGAAGUACCCGACGGAGGCAUUUGGUGACGAGAUCCGGACCUUCAAGGAGCUGAAGGUCAACCUCCUACUCAACGUGUCCAGGUGUAAAAGGAAACUAGAGGACAUACCAGGAGCCAUUGAGUUGUCUACCAAGGCGCUGGAGAUCAAACCAAAGUGCUUUGAGGCAUUCUAUGCCAGAGCCCGGGCCAAACGCGCUAUCAGGCAAUUUGGCCCUGCCCUGCAAGACUUGUUGGAGGCUAUCAAGUUGGCUCCCAACAACCGCGAAGUCCGUCGUCUCCUAGUCCGCGUCAAGGAAGAGUGCAAAGAUGAGACCAAGAAACAGAAGGAUAUCCCCGCCACCAAGGACUCGCCGGCCGACAACGACCAGGGCAGAGACUCGGGAGUUCCCAACUCCCAGCCCGGCAGCUCUCAGGCCUCGGAGAACGAGAUCUCCCCACCUGAUGCGACCAAGAGAGACGGGGUCCUGCCAGGGAGCGAGCCCGGUCCGAUCCAGCAACGCCUGGUGUCGUCAUCCACGAUGAAUGAGGAUCAGCCGAGGACAGGGUCGGCGCCGAGAAGUAUUUCCACUAGAAUGGUAACCAACUCGCAAGCGGUGCCCACCAGUGCUCAGAUUGCCUACUCCGGCACCGCCAAUUCCUACCCGGUCACUGGUACCCUACUCAUGGGGGAUCCCCAGGGCCCCUACUCGGGGGAUGCGGGGAACCAGGACAUCCAGCGACCUCUGACCUUACAGAUCGCGCUGGGGCAGCCCUCGGGCGGUGGCAAGCCCGUGGCUCAGCAAGUCAGCAAACAGAUUCCUCAGGAACAGUUUUCAAGACAGCACACUGCCAGGCCGCAGCAGCAACCGCAACAACAGGUAACCGCACGACAGCAUGCUCAGUCCUUGCAGCGCAAGACCAACAAUUCCGUGCCGUUUAACAACAACAGCGCCCCCAGACCGUCGACGGUCAAAACCGCCAACCAGUCGCCCCACCCUGCAAACUUCAUCCCCGUGGCCUCUCACCCUGUGAGCAAACACGCCCCGAGUACCAACACCCACCCAAUGGUUUCCAACCCAAUGGCCUACCGGCCGCUACCCAGACGUCCAGAUGAAGAGACCCCAGUCGCAAGGGUUCCCUCCUCUGGCAACUUCCAAAGUAAACCCCCCGACACAGGGCCAGCCAGUCAACCCAACGCUUCAACCAAACCGUCCCAGCCACCAAUCAAGCUGAGAAAUAAGCAGCGUAGAGACAUCGGGGAGCCAGUGGUCUCCCACCGACUCAGCUACACUUUAGAUAACUCGGACGAGGGAAGUAUUGAGAACCUGGCCCAGUCGGCGCCCGUGCCAAAACCCAUGGCGCACCGGGCUGUCCUGCCACGCCAGGCCUCCCCGCUGGCAUCCCAUCACUCAGAGACUGACCCCCACCAACAGGGAGUCAUCAGGACUGUGGUCCCCCAACCAGCCGUACAACAUGCCUCCCCGCAGUACGGGGAACCAGUGAACGCCAACCGCCAGCAGCCAGCGCAACCUGUAGUGCGUCAGGGUAGCAGUGGGUCCCUUCAACCGCAGCAGAGUAUGACGUCGGGACAGGAGUUCCCAAGACCCUCGGCACAAACCCUGUUCAUUGGUCCAACCUCUCUAUAACCAAAACCAAACUUCUCAUUUUCUGAAUCCUUGUUUUCACAAUUUAAAACUAUUUGUAAUUUUUCAGGAUUGUGAAUCCUUAAACUGACAAUGCAAUGAGGCCGAAAAUGAUUGAAAAUUUAUGUAGUGUCUCCAAUUUGGUAAUACCACGCCCAAGUAAUCAGACAGUUAUGUAGACAAUUUACUUUUGACUUAAUUGUACCCAAAUUCAAAAUUUAAUGAAUUCAGUUUCGGAAAUAACAUUUAUUUAAGUGAUUUGCCUUUGGCUACUAAAAUUAUGUUUGUAGUCCUCACAAAUUUAAAAGGAUGUUUGCAUUUAAUGCGGAGCUGUGUUUGUUCUGCCAAAUUGUGAAAGUAAUUUUUCAGUGUCUUCAACCAAACUGAUUCCAAAUUUCAUGUGCUGGUUGUCUCUCCUUAUUUCAUUUUUUUCCCUGCUCAUUUUAUUUAUUAAAAAAAAUCAAAAUUAUCUGCCAUAGAUUGACUGUGAUGUAAGCCUGUAGCACUUACUUCUGUUUGUGAGGUAUUUUGAAAUGAAUCUACGCAACUUAAUUUUCCAUUUUCUCCCUCCUUCCAAAAAAAAAUGUAACUUGACACUCGUGGUUUGUACAGUGACAUGGCAGGAAAAAAACAACACUUUUCUCUUGACUGAAAUACGGCGAAUAGAGAACAGCAUAUAACAUGCCAUACAUGUCUACAGUACGGACAUUUUACAAUACAAAAAAGUUUGUAAUACAAAACAGUUGAUGGGGCAUAUUUUGGGAUGUCGUAAUCGUGCGAUAAGUCAUAAUAGAUGUGUGGGCUAGUCAGUACAUCAAAUUUCUUUUCUAUUUGAAAGGCAUCCAACUGCUUCUCACGUAUUGCAAAUAUGAAAUAUCACAAGAAAAACCGCUUUAUGGGUGAGCAUGCAUGGCCAAAAUGCUACCUUGACUGAAGAGUUAAAAACUGGAGGUGCAGCGUAUCGUGAAGCAUCCGGUAUUCUAUAUAAAAAUCUUAUUACAAUGGCACAUUACAUAAAAACAACCAAUGUAUUUAGGCACUUAUUUGCUGAAAGUUUAAACUUGUGUGUUAUAGAUAUGGGAUCUCGUAGCUGAAGCGUUUUAGUCGAUUCACUCAAUUAUAUGCAAGUAUUCAGUUUAAAAUGUACAUCCCUCUUUACUAUCCUUUACUUUAGUUUGAGAUGUUUAUUUCUCGUCCAAGCCAAUAAGGGUAAUCAAAGUCAUCUACAUAGAAAUUUUCAUAGACAUUUUGUUUGGUCGGUGUUGUGCUUAAAGAUAUAGUCCAUCAUUUGUAAUUUGUGCAUUUUGUUCGUUUGAAGCAACAAAAGUGUUCAAAAUCUAAUGAAGGAUACUGAACAACUAACCUGAUGAAGCUUCAG